UUUUCCUUCCUCGCUUUUCAAACCGCUGUGUUCGUCUGCCGCUUUCCUCCAGCCUCUCUCUCCCCCCUCCCUACUUUCCUGCCCCUCUCUAUUUAUGAAAACGUCACUUCAAGUCCCUCCCUGUUUGAAUCUCAUUAGUUUCUUGUGUGUUUCUCCCUGUCAAUAAUCCCGAAUCCAGACUCUCUCUAUUUCCAUCCCUCUCUAGCUGUCAAUCAGCGCCGCCUUUGAACUGAAAACCACUCCGACCAACUUCAACUCACUCAAUCCGAGCGGCUCGGCUCCGUCUACGGCUUCUCUUUCUGCCAAGAUCCCCCCUUUUUUUUUUUUUUUUUUUUUAGUUUUGUACUAAUCGCCAGUCCUUGGGAAACACCAGGGCAGACCCUAAACUCCAAGUCGGAUUCGGGAUCAGAGAGAUCAAGGGUUUAAAACUUUGUGUUUUGGCCCCCCAACACUGCUCGGGAGAAAAUGCCGCAGCUGAACGGCGGUGGAGGGGACGAUCUGGGUGCGAACGAUGAAAUGAUUUCCUUCAAAGACGAAGGAGAACAGGAGGAGAAAAUUUCAGAGAACUCCUCUGCAGAAAGGGAUUUAGCAGAUGUCAAAUCUUCGCUCGUAAACGAGUCAGAAACGAAUCAAAACAGCUCUUCGGAUUCAGAGCUAACCGUUUUGCCAUUGUGCUGUGUUCAACGCUCCGCCGUGUCGCUGCAUUUGAAGGCGGAAAGACGGCCUCCGCCUAGAGCCGAAACUUUCCGAGACAAAACAAGAGAAAGUUUAGAAGAGGCUGCGAAAAGGCAAGAUGGAGGGCUGUUCAAGAGCCCCCCGUACCCGGGCUAUCCAUUUAUAAUGAUCCCCGACCUGACCAGCCCCUACCUCUCCAACGGAUCCCUCUCACCCACGGCGCGCACAUAUCUACAGAUGAAAUGGCCACUGCUAGAUGUUCAAGCAGGAAGUCUUCAAAGUAGACAAGCACUUAAAGAUGCCAGGUCCCCUUCUCCAGCACACAUUGUUUCUAAUAAGGUCCCGGUGGUACAGCACCCUCACCAUGUGCACCCGCUUACGCCUCUGAUCACCUACAGCAAUGAACACUUCACGCCGGGGAACCCUCCUCCACACCUACAGACAGACGUGGACCCCAAAACAGGAAUCCCAAGGCCUCCACAUCCUUCAGAUAUAUCUCCAUACUACCCUCUGUCACCUGGCACUGUAGGCCAGAUCCCCCAUCCGCUAGGAUGGUUAGUACCACAGCAAGGUCAACCGGUUUACCCAAUCACAACGGGAGGUUUUAGACACCCCUACCCAACUGCCCUCACUGUCAACGCAUCCAUGUCAAGUCUUCUCUCCUCCAGAUUCCCUCCCCACAUGGUGCCCCCACACCACAGUUUGCACACCACGGGCAUCCCGCACCCUGCCAUAGUCACGCCCAACGUCAAACAAGAGUCCUCUCACAGCGACAUCAGCACGCUGAACAGCUCGAAACAUCAGGACCAGAAAAAGGAGGAUGAAAAGAAGAAGCCGCACAUAAAGAAGCCUCUGAACGCAUUCAUGUUGUACAUGAAGGAGAUGAGGGCCAAAGUAGUGGCAGAAUGCACGCUGAAAGAGAGUGCAGCUAUCAAUCAAAUCCUGGGCCGAAGGUGGCAUGCCCUGUCUCGAGAGGAGCAGGCCAAAUACUACGAGUUGGCCAGGAAAGAACGACAGCUACACAUGCAGCUCUACCCCGGCUGGUCAGCACGAGACAACUAUGCUGCUAACCAACAGGGGAAAAAGAAGAAGAGAAAAAGGGAAAAGCAGCAGGCAGAUGGCAAUGAACACAGAGAAUAUUUUCCAAAUCCUUGCCUUUCACUCCCUCCGAUUACAGACCUGAGUGCCCCUAAGAAGUGUCGCGCACGCUUUGGGCUCGAUCAGCAGAAUAACUGGUGUGGCCCCUGCAGGAGAAAAAAGAAGUGCAUUCGCUACAUUCAAGGUGAAGGCAGCUGUGUCAGUCCUCCCUCUUCGGAUGGAAGCUUACUAGAGUCGCCCCCAUCCUCCCCCUCCAUGGUCCCCAAUUCUCCGCCCUCGAAAGAGUCCAAACCACAGACUGAACAAAUGCAACCUCUUUCACUGACUAUGAAAUCGGGCCCCCUGGUCUCAUCCUCACACCACCAACACCACCACCUGUCCAUGGCACCGCCUCCGCCCUUAGCUCUGCUGGACAACUCAGGGGCAGGCAAAACCCACGGCCCCGCCCACAAUGGCUCCUUGGACCCUUCAGACGUGUCAUCGUCUCGCCCCUCAGGCUCCGCCCAGCCUGCAUCAGCGUGUAAUUCCCAUUCUCUGUUGCCCAGCUCUGCCCCAACGCAACCGCUUUCGCUCGUAACCAAGUCAAUAGACUAGGCUAAACUGGCUCCGAUUUACCAGCUUUCAACUCCUCCCUUCUGUCUGCUGACACUUAAGUUCUUUUCCUCUAUUUGUUUUUUCUCUUUCUUUUCAUUUUUUCUGUCACAUAUGGCUUUGGAAAUUAGUUAAUUCUUUUAUCAAAGUUCAUUGGUCAAUAUUUGACCUGUCAUUUAUCUAAAAUAAAUGGAACUAUUAUAAUAAUAAUAUUGAUGAUAAAGUAAAAUGAGUUGUAGAGUAUAGCUAUAUAAGUCUGCCAAAAUGUAAGACUUUUUUCUUUUCUUUUUUUCUUUUUCUUUUUUUUUUUUUUUUUUUUUUUUACUGUACAACAGAAAAAAAUAAUACCUGUUAUGUAAAUUGACAUAGACAUGUUAAAAGACAGAUAUAAACGUAGUCUAGGUGAGGAUUCAGUGAGCCCUUUUCUUAAAGUUGGUUCUUCUUCAUUAUUUGUAUUAAAUACGAGCUUGCGAACCAAUCAUUUUACACCUGUUCAAAACGUGGAGGGCACGAGGACCGUGGAGACACCCUUCUCCAGCUGAGGAACAACUUUAAUUGUGAUGUUACUUGUUCUUGUUUAAAUGUACAGAAAUAUUUGGGGGGUUACUGUGUUAAUAUGCAUUGUUCCACUGCGUUGUUUAUUUUAUUAUUUUUUUGUCAUUGUUUACCGUGGGAGGGCGGUGGAGGUGGGUUGGGGUGGGUAGACUCAGUUGGAGGAAUGUUUGGGGGACUGUUUUAAGGGUGGGUGGGUGGGAGGGUGGGUGAUUGUGGUAUACAAUACAAAAUGUCACAACGCUAGGACCAGUAGUAUUUAUUGCUUUAGAGAUUGCUUGUUGUAUCCUGUAUGUUGUCCCUUUUUCGAAAUAUUUUUCUUUUACUUAAUACAUUGUACAAAAUUUUUUUUAAUGUAAGCAACUUAUAUAUAUAUAUAAAUGAUCCAUUUUUACAAGGAGGUUUUGAAGUUGAAUUGUUUUGUUUUAACAUUUGUUUCUUUUGCUGAAGACCAGAGUUUCACCAACACAGUGUAGAUUCUCCAAAACAGAUGUAUGCACAACUUAAUUUCUAAAAGCAUAUCUAUAAGCCAUUUUUCAAUAGGAGAAAAGAAAACUUGAAACGGGGAUAGUGAAUACCAUGUCUUUAGUCAUUGGUUUUCAUCAUCUAAAGCCCAUCCUUUUUUUUUUAACUGCAAGUUCAUCUCCACUGGACUGUAGAAUUGUGUACAGAUUUUCUGUGCCGAAAUUGUGCUAAUUCUCACUCCCCCUCUUACAAUGCUGUAGGUUUGUCAGGUUUUUUUUUUUGUUUGUUUGUUUGUUUUUGUUUUGUUUUUUGUUUUUUUUCCCUCAACCAUACUUUGCUGUGACGUUACAUAGAUUGCUAUGUAUGUAGUAUAAAUGUUGCUAUAACAAAAUGUGUUUGGUAGCAGAUUGUCAAAUAUUAAAAUUUAAACUUAAUAAAAGACGGACAUCAUCAUACUGUAUAAACCCUCAAGGGCCAAAUGAUGUAUAUUAGGAGGUUCAUAAAAAAACUAUUAAAUAACACAAAAAAUACACAAACUGCCACUUUUAAGUACACUACUACAUAUAGGUAGAUAGAAAAAAUAGGCAUGUUGAUGUUGCAAGAAGCUGUAAAAAAGCUACAAGAGAAUCAUCCAUUCGGUGCCAUUGUAGUUGACAUGAUGCGACUGUAAGCCGUCAAUCUCUUCUCUGGUUUAUUAAGAUGCUAAUGAUGAAUAGUUUGAAUGUUUCCUUAACGGCUGUGAUGUUCCUGUUCUAUUUUAUGCUCUUAGCUUUUAUUUUUGUUUGCUUUAUUUUCUUUUUUUUUCUUUCUUUUUUUUUCUUUUUUUUUUUUAUUUUUUUAUUUUUUUUUUUGGUUUUUUAGUUAUUUGAAAUGGUUCCCAGACCAUGUUUUUUGUAAUGAAUAAAUGUUUAUGCUGUACAGUCUCUGUAGCAUGCAGUUCUGUAUUAAUAAAAGCGACUUAGUAUGUG